AUGGACAACAUGACCGCACUAACAUUCACAAUGACUGCAUAUACUGUCAUGGAAAAUUACAAGCAUGGGCUGUUAACUGUAUUCCCUCCGCUCUAUGUUAUCACUCUCAUUUUGAAUUCACUGCUCAUUACUGUUAUACACCAAAACAAAGAGCUGCACCAGCCCAUGAACAUGUUCACAUGCAUGUUAUCCAUCAAUGAAAUAUAUGGCAGCACUGCGUUGUUACCUGCACUCAUGGCUGUGCUCAUAUCUGAGACGCAUGAAAUCAUUGUGAAGUGGUGUAUGGCUCAGGUCUAUUUCCUACACACAUACGCAGCUGCUGAGUUUUGCAUUUUAGCUCUUAUGGGAUACGACAGAUAUUGCGCCAUAUGUUUUCCACUGCAUUACCACAGCAUCAUGUCUAAGUCAAAGAUAGGCAAGCUUGUUGCAUUAGCAGGUGUAUACCCGUUCAUUUUGUUUGCAUGUUAUUACUCACUGACCUUAAAGCUGAGCUUCUGUGGUAAAGUCAUGCCAAAAUUAUACUGUGUGAACAUGGAACUGGUUAAAAAUUCAUGUUCAAACGGCAUCAAAUCGUACAUCAGUAUUGUGGGACUUGUACUUUUACUGUUUUUUGUUGUGCCUCAGGUGGUGAUGAUUGUUUUCUCUUAUGCAAAGAUUUCAAGAGAGUGUAGGAAAUUAUCAAGAGAGUCCCAGAGAAAUGCUCUUAAAACGUGCGUGCCACAUUUGUUGUCUUUGCUGAACUACACCAUCGGUUCCCUUUUUGAAAUUAUCCAAACUAGAUUCAACAUGAGUCAUGUUUCUGUUGAGGCGCGGAUCUUCCUGUCUUUAUACUUUAUCAUAAUUCCACCGAUUGCCAACCCGGUGCUGUAUGGACUCGGUACUCAGAUAGUCAGAGUUCAUAUACUGAAACUGUUUGUUAGAUACAAGAUCUUGCCAACUAAUUUAGUAAAGGUAGCGAUUGCAGCUUAA